AUGGAGCAACAAAUUGAUUAUUCAACUAGUUGGAACCCAUUCACUGUUAAUCGAUGGGAUUUACUAACUCAGAUUAAUUUGCUAGCUAUCAACAAUGGCAAGCUUGCCAACUCAACUCAAACAAUUCAGCGAUUUACAUCGCCAUCUUCGCCAUCACUGUGGAAGGUGUUGAGUUGCUUUUCCAAACAUGAAUCAUGGGGCCCGUUGUCUGAUAAAUACAAUGAUUUCACACCUUGUUUUCUUCAGGGAACACUAUUUGGCAUAUCUUCAUUACUCAUGAUAUUUGUUGGAUCAUAUCAGUUGGUGUACUUGAGAAACAAAAGAAUGAAAGUAGCUAAUCGAAUCGAUUGGAGCUUCUAUGUCAAAUUAUUACUUGUGGCGAUUCAAUUGGUUUUCCAAAUUGCAUUAUCAGUCACAUAUCCAUUGAACCAAGGAGGUAUAAUUGAAACUUCGUUAGUAUUAAAUAUCAUUGCUACCGUCAUUGCUUUAGCUAUUCAUUAUUUAGAGCAAUUUAAAUCAACAGUACCUAAUGGAGUCUUGUUAUUUUAUUGGUUAUUCCAAAUCAUUUUAAACCUAGGGAGAAUUGUUAAUUUACAAUUACGCCAUCAAUUUGACCUGCAUUUCGCUAUAUUGGUGGUUUUAAGUACAAUUAAUGCAUUUGGAAUAUUGAUGAUUGAGACUGUUUUUCCCAUGAAGCCCAUCAAUUAUUUACAAAGAGCUAAAUAUGUAUCACCUUAUGAUCAAGCCAAUGUAUUCUCAAGAAUUACGUUUGAUUGGAUUGGUGGAUUGAUGAAACGUGGGUAUAUACAAUUCCUCACUCAAAAGGAUUUACCACCAUUGCCAAAGUCAUUGAAAGCAACCACUACAACUAAUGAGUUUGAUUAUUAUUGGAAUAAACAACCAGCAGGGAAAAAAUCAUUGUUUUGGGCAAUUUCGAAAGCUUUUGGUGGACAGUUUUUAUUGGGAGGUGUGUUUAAGGCAGCUCAGGAUUGUUUGGCAUUUAUUCAACCUCAAUUGUUGCGUUUAUUGAUCAAAUUUGUUAAUGAUUACUCCAAGUCAAUGAAAAAGGGACAGCCAUUACCCUUGACUAGGGGCUUGUUAAUUGCAGUUUCCAUGUUUGUUGUUUCAAUUGUCCAAACUGCUUGCUUGCAUCAAUAUUUCCAAAGAGCAUUUGAUUUCGGAAUGAAGAUUAAAAACUCAUUAACUUCAACAGUUUAUGAUAAAUCGCUUGUAUUAUCAAAUGAAUCAAAACAAGAAUCUUCCACUGGUGAUAUUGUAAACUUGAUGUCGGUUGAUGUACAAAGAUUACAAGAUUUGCUGCAAAAUUUACAAAUUGUCUGGUCAGGUCCUUUCCAGAUAAUUAUUUGUUUGUAUUCAUUACAUGGAUUAAUUGGUAACUCGAUGUGGGCUGGUGUUGCAAUUAUGGUGAUCAUGAUUCCGUUAAAUGCUGCAAUUGCAAGAAAACAGAAGCAGUUACAAAAAUCGCAAAUGAAGUAUAAGGAUAAACGGUCGAGGUUGAUAAAUGAGAUUUUAAACAAUAUCAAAAGUUUAAAAUUGUAUGGAUGGGAAAUUCCAUAUUUGGAUAGAUUAAAUUAUGUGCGUAAUGAUUUGGAAUUGAAGAAUUUGAAAAGAAUGGGAAUCUUUAUGGCCACGGCUAAUUUCACUUGGAAUUUAGCUCCAUUUUUGGUCAGUUGCUCAACAUUUGGUGUGUUUGUAUUAACACAAAAGAAGAGUUUAUCAACUGAUUUGGUGUUCCCGGCAUUGUCAUUGUUUAAUCUUUUAUCAUUCCCAUUAGCUGUCGUCCCCAUGGUGAUUACAAACAUUGUAGAAGCGCAAGUGGCAAUUGGGAGAUUGACAAAAUAUUUGACCAGUUCAGAGUUGCAAGAUAAUGCCGUAGUGAAAUUACCGCCAGCUACCGAAAUGGGCCAAGUUGCCGUAUCAAUUGAAAAUGGAACGUUUUUAUGGUCGAAAGCCAAAGGUGAACAAAAUUAUAAGGUUGCCUUGUCUAAUAUUAACUUGACUGCUAAAAAGGGACAAUUGGAUUGCAUUGUAGGCAAAGUUGGAUCUGGUAAAUCAUCAAUCAUACAAGCUAUUUUGGGUGAUUUAUAUAAAUUGGAUGGUGAGGUUGCACUUCAUGGAAAAGUGGCUUAUGUUCCACAAGUCCCCUGGAUUAUGAAUGGUACAGUCAAGGAUAAUAUCUUGUUUGGACACGUAUACGAUGCUGAGUUUUAUAAUCAAGUGUUGAAAGCUUGUGCAUUGACUGUUGAUUUGGCCAUUUUACCUAAAGGUGACAAGACUGAAGUUGGAGAAAAGGGUAUUUCAUUAUCUGGUGGUCAAAAGGCAAGGUUAUCAUUAGCUAGAGCUGUUUAUGCUCGUGCUGAUGUCUACUUGUUGGACGAUCCAUUGAGUGCAGUUGAUGAACAUGUGGGAAAACAUUUGGUUGAUCAUGUAUUAGGACCAAUGGGUUUACUAAGAAGUAAAUGUAAAGUCCUUGCUACUAAUAAUAUUAAAGUGUUGAGUAUUGCUGACCAUUUACAUAUGGUCAGUGCUGGAAGAUUGAUUGAACAGGGUACUUAUGAUGAUAUCAUGAAACAAGAUAAUUCGAAAUUGAAGUUAUUGAUUGAUGAGUUUGGCAAAAAGAAGGAAGAGUCACCAACGCCAACUCCAUCGACUAGAAAAAAUGUUGAAGGUGCAAGCAAACUGAAACCUGAUGAUGGAAAAGAUUAUGAAGUAAAAGAUGAUGUUAAUUUGGAGGAUUUGGAAUCGGAUUAUGAUAUGGAUAUCAUUAGUUUGAGACGUGCUUCGGAACAACCUUUGGUCCCUGAUGAUGAACGCGAUGAUGAAGAGUACCUUGAAGAAGUGGAAGAAGAGGAGGAAGAUGAAGACACAAAGGCUAGGAAGGAACACAUUGAGCAAGGGAAGGUGAAAUGGGAAGUGUAUACUGAAUACGCCAAAGCUUGUGGUCCGGUCAAUGUUAUUAUCUUUUUGGGAUGUAUUAUCAUAUCGUACUUGGUCAAUGUUAGUUCUACGUUUUGGUUAGAACAUUGGUCUGAGAUUAACACGAGGUAUGGAUACAACCCCAAUGUCAUCAAGUAUCUUGGUGUUUAUUUCCUUUUAGGUAUUGGUUACUCGACAAGUUCAUUGAUUCAAAAUAUUUCCCUUUGGAUCUUGUGUACUAUCCAAGGAUCCAAAAAAUUACAUAAUGUAAUGGCAGUUAGUGUCAUGCGAGCACCAAUGACGUUUUUCGAAACUACACCUAUUGGAAGAAUAUUGAAUCGAUUUUCAAAUGAUAUUUACAAGAUUGAUGAAGUUAUUGGAAGAGUAUUUAAUAUGUUUUUCAGUAACACCGUGAGAGUAUUUAUUACAAUUGUUGUGAUUUCGUUUUCAACUUGGCAAUUUGUGUUUUUGAUCUUGCCAUUGGGUGUAUUGUAUGUGUACUAUCAACAAUACUAUUUAAGAACUUCGAGAGAAUUGAGAAGAUUGGAUUCGGUCUCCAGGUCGCCGAUCUAUGCCAAUUUCCAAGAAUCCUUGGUUGGUGUGUCGACAAUUAGAGCAUACGGAAAAGAAGAUAGGUUUAAGUUUUUAAAUCAACAUCGUGUUGAUGAAAAUAUGAAAGCUUAUAACCCAGCAAUCAAUGCUAAUAGAUGGUUAGCUGUGAGAUUGGAGUUUUUAGGGUCGGUUAUCAUUCUUGGAGCUGCUGGGUUAUCCAUCCUCACAUUAUCUUCAGGGCAUCUUACAGCAGGUCUUGUUGGUUUAUCGGUUUCUUAUGCUCUACAAAUUACUCAAUCGUUGAAUUGGAUAGUGAGAAUGACGGUUGAAGUAGAGACAAAUAUUGUUGCUGUAGAAAGAUGUUUAGAGUACUCGAGAUUGAAGAGUGAAGCACCGGAAAUUAUUCCUGAUCACCGCCCACCUCAAUCUUGGCCCCAAGAUGGUGAGAUAAAAUUUGAACAUUAUUCAACCAAAUAUAGACCUGAGUUGGAUUUAGUAUUGAAAGAUAUAAAUAUUGAUAUCAAACCAAGAGAAAAAAUUGGUAUUGUUGGCAGAACAGGGGCUGGCAAAUCAUCAAUUACAUUGGCAUUGUUUAGAAUCAUUGAAGCAUUUCAAGGCGAUAUCAAUAUCGAUGGAAUCAAGACUGAUACUAUCGGAUUAUAUGAUUUGAGACACAAGUUAUCCAUUAUCCCUCAAGAUUCACAAGUGUUUGAAGGUACAAUCAGAUCAAAUCUUGAUCCAAAUGAUGAAUAUUCCGAUGAUCAAAUAUGGAGAGCCUUGGAGUUAUCCCAUUUGAAAGAACAUGUUGAAAAAAUGUAUGCUGAACGCGAUGUUGAAGAACCCAGUAAUGAUGAUGCAUCUAAUCAACCGCGUGAUGUUGUCCAUGAAGCUGAAAAGGAUAGAGUUGAAACACCAUUAGAUGUAAAGAUCACCGAAGGAGGUACCAAUUUAUCCAUUGGACAACGUCAAUUAAUGUGUCUUGGCCGAGUAUUGCUUAAAUUAAACUAUUCAAACAUUUUGGUUCUUGAUGAAGCUACGGCGGCUGUUGAUGUUGAAACUGAUCAAAUUUUACAACAAACAAUACGUACCGAAUUCAAAGAUAAGACAAUUAUCACCAUUGCUCAUCGAUUAAAUACCAUCCUUGAUUCGGACCGAAUUUUGGUUUUGGAAAAGGGACAAGUUGCUGAAUUUGAUAAGCCUAAGGAGUUGUUGAAGAACAAGGAUUCAUUGUUUUAUUCCUUGUGUAAACAAGGUGGAUUUAUUGAAGAUGAAUAG